AUGAAAAAUACCACUUCUAGCUCCUCAAAAAUUAAAACAGCUCAUGAUAAAUUAAGUGAACUUGUUUUAUAUGCAAAUAAACAUAUGAAAGAUCAAUGGAAUGCAAAAACUGUUGUCAUCAAAAAGAUACUUAAUAUUACCAGUCAUUGUCCCAUAUAUAAAGAUGCAUUAUUUUUUAUAGAAAAUGAUAUUGAUAAUGAAGUUUGGUUAGAUGUUGUAAAAAGAUGUUUGGUGGAAUUAAAUAAAAUUAAUAUUAUACAAAAAUUAGAAGGAUUAUAUACUACUGUAAAAUCAGAAAUAUUUCCUUUACUUUUACAAAAUAAAGAUAGUAUUGAUAAAAAUAUUUAUGGAAAGUCAAUUGCAUUGAUACGAACAUUAGGAGCAAUAUAUAUGUUACAUGGAUAUUAUAAAGAAGCAAUAGAUCUUUUUAAAAUGGUUUUUGAUAUAUUUUCGCGUGAUUUCACAACUUUAACUUGUAUUUUAAAAAUUUGUAUUAUAACUAAUGAUUUGUGUUUGCUUACAAAAAUUUUAAAUGAAUUAAAUCGAACGAUUCAAAAUUACAAAUUGCCUACUAAAAAUUAUUUAAUUAUAUAUAAAGUUUAUAGUAUUUAUGUUGAAUGUCAUGGUAUUUCUGCAAAAGAAAAUUGUCAAAAAUUAUUGGAUUCUAUUUCGAAGGUUGAAGCAGAAUUUAAUUCAAAAGGACCUUUAUCAAUUAUGAUGUAUGACAUUCAGGUUCCUCUUUUACUUUGUAAAAUAUAUUUAAAAAUGCUUGAUAAUGAGGAUGAUGGUAUUACUGAUAAUUACUUAAAAUUACGUGCAAAAAUUUCUGAUAAAUUACUUCCAUCCAUUUUAUAUUAUUACUACAAAAAUUCAGCCACUAAUAAUGUACCAAUGGAUUUUGAUAUUAAUGGAAAGAAUGAUAACUUUGUCAGUGCAGUUGCUGUGACAUCGUUUCUUUUUGAAGAAUCUUUAUUAUAUUCAAGGAUGUUACAAGAUUCUGGAAGAAUCAAAGAAUGUAAUAUUAAAUGUUUACAACUAGUUACUUCUGCGUUACGUGUUGGAUGUCAGUACAGAUUCCUAUCUAUAAUGAAUACUAUUGGUAUGUCAGAUUUUCUUGUUAAUAACAAUCCACGUAUUUAUGAUUUAAUAUAUUUAUCAUCAAAUACAUUUGAUAAUCAGGAUACAAGUCAAAUUGAAAAUAAACCACCAUCACCAAAUAAAAAUAUAUCUGAAGAUUCAAUUUAUGAUUCAAGUUAUGAUUAUCUAUCUGCUAGUGAUGAUUCUUUUGAGAAAUUUGAAUGUGGAAAUCUUUUUAAUUCUACUUUAAAUGUUAAGUUUCAUAGAAAUUUAUGUCGUUGUCAAAGAUGUAAAAAUUUUUCAUCAAAUAAAUUAAUGGAACAAGAAAGACUUUUUUCAAAAUGGUUACUAGAACAAAAAAAGAAUAACUCAUCAUCAAUAGUUGAAUCUUCAGUGAAUUAUUCUGAAAGUUGGUGUGAAAUGACAAAUCUUUACAAUAAAGAAUGGUGGAAAACAGUGGGUCAUACUUCUGAAUCAACCGUUUAUGGUAUUGCAUCAAAAAAUAGUAGUUAUUUAUUUUGUGGAGCUAUAAUAAAAGCCAUAACUACUAGUUCUGGGCAAUUUGAUAGUCAAAUUGUUAAAUCAUUAUUAAAAAAAGUAAGGUUACAAAUAUCUGUUUUCUGUUCAGAAUUUCACAACAUGAAAAUUUCAUGUUCACUUAUUUGUAAAAAAUAUUCAUUAAGGUCGUAUAUGGUUAUACCAAAUUCUUGUUAUGCUAGUCCACUUAAUAUUAUGAACGGAAUUGAAUUAGUUUUAGAUGAAAUAAUUUCUGCAGAAGUAAAUAGUAUUACAAAAGAAUUAAGUAAAAAUGAUGCCGCUAUCGUUAAAGCUUUCAAUAAAACAGUAAAUAUCAAUAAACAAGCUGUUAUUGAUUAUAUUAUUGCUUUCAACAACUUACGUCUUUCUCCAACGGGUGAUUUAAAUUAUUUAAAUUUACGAAAAUAUUGUAAUGGUAAACUACUUGUAAUGUUGAAAGAAAAAGUCAAAGAAAUUUUUGAUAUUUUUACUUCCAAUUUACGUUUUAUGGAUGUUACUAACAAAAAACUUAUUUUAUCUAGUUUAUUAAGAAUUUAUGAUAUUGCAGAAAUGGAUGAAUGGGAUAUAGCAUGGAUUGUAACUGAAUGUACGGGUAUUGCAACAAGAUCAUUAAUAAGUUCUACCGGUUCUUUUAAUUAUUACUUUUCAUCACGUAAAGAAUUUAAAUCUCAUGUAACCAAUUAUUUUCCUACAAAUUCAACUGUUGUUCAAUUAUUUAUGGAUGAUGACAAUGUUUUAUGGUUAAUGAAACUUCAUCGAAAUAUAAAACCUCUUGUUAUACCAUUAAAAAAACUUCAUGCAAAUUAUUUUAAUACUAUACAUCAAAAAUUUUUAGAUGUUCAUGAUAAAUUAACAAAAGAAAGUGGACAGGUAUCUGGACGUGUAUUUUGGUCUGUUAGAUAUUCUUUGGAGGAUUCAUACAAAUAUAUAUGUAAAAAAAUUCAAAGUGAAGUACUAGGUUCAAUGGCAUUUUUAUUACUUCCAUACACAGAAUUACCAUUUUCAUCAUGUUUUAUGUCUUUUGUUGGUGCAUUAGAGAAAGCUAAUUAUCCAACUAGUGUAGCAAUAAGUAUAGCAUCAGCCAUUCCUUUUUUAACAUUAUCUGACUUUCAAAAUAUUUUAAAGGAUAUUACCACUAUAUAUCCAAUGAAUUCUCAAAUUAUUCAAUCAUUGUCGUCACUCUUUAAAAGUUUAUCUUCAAAAAUUACACGUGAUUUGAAAAAUGCUGGAUACCUUCCAUCUAAAUUUCUUCGAAAUUUAGCUUCUUCUCAAAUGAUUGAAUGUCCAAAAGAAAUUUUUACCACUCUUAUUCUUGAUAAUGAACUUUCAUUAUAUCCUUGGGAAAUGGUUUCAUUUUUUAAUUAUCGUCCAAUGAUUGCCCGAAUGCCUUCAAUAAUGAAUUAUGCAUUACUAUUAAAAAAUAAUGUUAUAAAUAAAUUAAAUACUGAUAAUUCGUAUUAUAUUAUUAAUCCCAAAGGAGAUUUAAAGGACACAGAGGAUUGGAUGUUGAAUUUAUUAAAAAAUAUGAAAUGGGAAGGAAUAAAAGGUCAAUGGCCUCAACCAGAAAUUGUGAAAGAAUUUACAUCAAAGAAAGAUCUUUUAGUAUAUAUUGGACAUGGAAAUGGCAAACAAGUUUUUAGAAUUGCAUUAAAAGAACAAAAAUUUCGUUCUGCAGCUAUACUUAUGGGUUGUUCAAGUGUUAAACUUGGACCUUCUUCAAAUGGUUAUUCACAUUUAGAUAUGGUAGAAAAUUAUUUUAUUUCUUCAGGACCUGGUAUACUUGGAUGUACGAUGCUUGUUACAGAUGGAGAAAUAAAUAAAUUUUUUGAAUGUAUAUUUAAAGCAUUCAAGAAUAAUAAUAAAGAUGGAAAUGAUAAAAACAAAAAAACGAUAACUUAUUAUAUGGUACAAGCAAGGGAAUCAGUUAGAUUACGUUAUUUAACAGCAGGUACAGUUGUGUUUUAUGGUAUACCAACAUUACUUUUAUAA